UAUGUGAUUUCGCUUUACAUUGUAAUUCGCCAUGGCUUUUAUGAGAAGACUUAAUUGUUCGUUGCUGUAUCUGCUUACUUCAACGGCAUAUCUGGCUACCACCAACAAGGGCCAUUGCGGAGGAGGGACAUGGGGCGAGAUGUGUAAGGAACAAUGCCCACCUGGAUGCGCUACAUUUAGAGACGUUGUUCAUUGUGAUAAGCUGAAUGGAGAAUGCUUUGAGGGUUGCAUCAGUGGAUUGUACGGAGACACAUGUGCAGCGAGUUGUAGCACAGGGUGUUUGGAUGGGAAUUGUGAUCAGUUUGACGGAAAAUGUGUUCAGUGCAAAGAGGGAUGUUUUGGACCCGACUGUGGAAAUUGUUCAUCACAAAAAACUCCGUCAACAGCAGUUCAAAUAGCUCCAACAGCUCCCUUACCUCCAAGACAUGCCUGUUCAAAUGGAACAUUUGGUGACAAGUGUGACAAACCAUGCCCAACUCACUGUAUACAAUACACUGGCCGAAGUUGUAAUGAAACAACAGGUGUCUGUUUGAACGAUUGUCUCCGAGGUUUCUAUGGCGAGCGUUGUGGCAAACUAUGCAGUAGAAGUUGUGAGGACUCGGUUUGUCAAAGCGCGAGCAGGAGUGUGUCAGCUGCGAAAAAGGACAGCGUCUAUGCGGCGAUGUUCCUACAUCGAAUGACGCUGUGCCAAUAUCACUGGAUAGAACUGUGGGUUAUGCAUUUUCAGGAUUACUAUUUGUUUUGGUUACAAUAAUACUGAUCUUUCAAUGUCGACAUCAUCACCAAUGCAGAAACAGGCACACAAGUCCCGGUGAGCCUGUCAAUCCCAGAACAACACCAUCGUACCCAUCAGGUGUACGUGACUCUGACGUGACUGAAAACCAUAGAUACUGGGAGAUAGACGAAUCCGAGUUAGAACAAUCUGAACACAGAGUGUCGGGUGCUGAGACACAUAGGAGCGGGCAUGAAUCUGCUGUUACACCUGGCUAUGCGAGACCACGCGAGCAAUCAAUUAUGCAGAACCACUUGAUGGAUGGUAAUUGCGCCGAUACGCUUGACAAGAGUGUUCCUCUUCAAAGUACUCAUGAAUACGAAACUGUUGCGUCAUUCGACAAUAUCGUAAGCGAUUCCAGUGGCAUGUUAUAUCUGAGAGAUGAUGCUGGCGACAUCAGUGUUAGAUAUAUUUCAGCAGAGACGACAAUGUAAAAUUUCAGCUUGAAGUUAGGAUGACAUUAUGCUUAGUCUUCGGCAAUAAUUUGACAUUAUAUUUAGCUUUAUUGUUUUGCUUUUUUAGAAAUUGCAAUUACGUUUGUACUGCAACAAGCUUGAAUUACUCUUUAAGACUUCUAGGCCAUCAUUAUUCAUACUGCUGUAACCCUGUU